UGCCUGUGCGUGCGUGUCUGUGCGUGUGCGUGUGUGAAGCUAUAAAACAGUUCCAGCCAGUCAGACGCCAGCAGAGUCAGAGGAGCGCAAGCCCCCUGUGCUUUGCAACCCUGCUGUCUGUUCUGUUUUCCAACGGUGUUCUCCGUGAACGCUGCACGCGCUGUUGCGUUUCUAGGCAGACUGGCAAGAUCCAAAACACGGAAGAACGGACACAUUCUAAAUAUGUCUAUUCAAAAGGUACAGCAAUUUUACUAAGUAACGAAACUUAUCAAUAUCUGGAUAACAACGGACUGUAGCCAAUGCGUCCCGUGGAGCCAACACAGUGAGUACCAGAUAUCCCGCUGUGCAUCCUGAAGUGGCAGCGGGAUACCGGCGCUUUCUUCAAGAAGGGACUCAGAGCUUCACCGAGGAACCGGGGCUGCAUGUUGGGACCAUUAACAUCUGUGAAGAGUGGAGGCCAGGUCCAGUCCUACCUUUUAAUGCUGUCUCCCAAACCUUGACCUGCUGCUGUCGCACUUUGUUACAGAGGUUUGGUGGAGUAUAGAAACUCACAAAUGUUACUCAGAUGCAGUUUGUUUGUGUUUGGAAUAUGUUGACACUUUUUGUUUAAUUGUGUAGCUAAUGCAAAAAGGCUCUGUCCCACUUUAGUCAGAGGUGUUUCAGAGCUGUUCUGUAUGACAUGACUGGCCAGUGUGACUGCAUUUGGAGUCAUGAUUUAGCUCCUGGAAGGUAGUAGUCAUAUUCAUUUGCCAUUCCCACUAUUUUGUCCAGCAGCUGCAGCUCCACUGCAGCCGCUCUGUGUUCAGUGUGUGUAUAUAGCAGUGUGGGUUAUUCACAGUGCUGCUAUGCAGACUGACUGGAGCCACGCUCAGACAGCUCAACUGUAUCGCUGAGUCUGAGCACAGGCCUGAACUGCUCACACAGAAAGAAACCUUUACAGCUGAGGAAAAGCUUGCUGCAAGUUGUGAUCCAGAGGGACAACUUGUGCAGAAUAGCAGAUGUUACACAGCUUUGUGUAUUAAUGUGGAUUAUUCAGGAUGCUGCUAUGCAGACAGAAUGGAGCCACAGAAAACCUGCUGGUAAAGUUAAAGUAACACACAUGACUGUGCAGCUUCUGUCAGUGCAGUUGAACAACUUGUGUUACACAGUUGGCAACUGAAGGUUCAUCAGGAAGGUAGGGUUUUUUUUUGGGAGGGGGGGUAUAUUAUGCAUAAAUAAUCAAAAUUCAUACUAGCUAAGUAUGUGUACAUUAUAAAUUGGGAAGUUACACAUAGACUGGGAUGAAAAGUUGUGUCUGAAACACAAAAGUCCUCUUUUACUUUUUACAGUAAUGAAGCAAGUGUUUCCAGCAAGAGGAAGUUUAGAAAGAUGACAAGAACCCACUCUUAUAUAUGUUGAGUGAAAUGUUGAGGAAUUGAAACAUUUUAUUGGACAGUUUUUAGAGCUUUGUUGUCAAUACUUGUUUCUGUUCAGUGUAGUGGAAGUUAGAUUUUGUUGCUAAAAUAAAUUUCACUUUAGUUUGCUAGUUAGACUAAUUGUUUGAAAAUGAAGAACCCUCAUUCACUGAGUAAUACCUGGAAUAGAUCAAAUAACAAGGACCCAGUACUGACCCCUGUGCCAGGCACUAACAAGAAGUUCAAGAGAAAGUCACGUGAGCCUAAAAGGCUUUUUAGCAGCCCUGAGCCUGACAGGAUGAAAACCUUCCCAGCAGACAUGUCAGAUAUGGACUCAGUAGAUGACACCCAGACAGAGCUUUGUAAUGUCAGCAGGUUGGCUCCACAACAGAGACAGCUAAUGAUAUCACAGGAGGCUGAUACUGCAGGGAUUCUGUCAGGAGUACCAGAAGGCAAAGUGGCUCUAUCUCAGAGUGGUGCUAUAGACAUGAGGAUUGGCAGUAACAUGCCUGCCGUCACUUCCAAACGGUGCAAGUUACCUGGCUCACCAUUCUCUAACGUGGAGAUUGCCCACUGGCCUGCGGCAAUCUCCCAGCCUCUAUCCAACAGACUCAAACUGGGCCCCCGCUCCACUUUCCCCCUGUCAACGUCAACCAGCAGCAGCUACAGUCACCAGACCUUCUCCCUGGAGCCCUCUCUGUCAGGCCAAACGGCACCUCUACCUGUCCCCAGAGCCUCCCAGACUUCCCAGUGCCACGAACAUGUGGAGCUUCAGGUACAUUCACCUAAGGAGUCUCCCAGGAAGCGGGUUGGGAUGAGUGCUGAUGAACCUGGCCGUCUUCCGGAGGUCAAAGCCAUACAGCAGACUAGGAGGCUUCUAGCCAACGCCCGGGAGAGGACCCGCGUUCAUACCAUCAGUGCUGCAUUUGAGGCCCUAAGGAAGCAGGUGCCAUGCUAUUCCUACGGACAGAAGCUAUCCAAGCUGGCUAUACUACGCAUAGCCUGCAACUACAUCCUGUCUCUGGCUCAGUUGGCUGAGCUGGACUACAGUUCAGACCACAGAAGUCUGAGCUUUUCUCAGUGUGUGGAACAGUGUACCAGGACCCUGCAGGCCGAGGGCAGGAGCAAGAAGAGGAAGGUUGGAAGGAUGCCAGAGGAUGUGUGAUGUUUUCAGAAUCUUCUCUUCUUGCUGUGGUCUGAUGCAGACUAUAAGCUGCAGACUAUAUCACUGCAUGGUCAUACAGCCAUCCUCAGCCUCAACUCAUCUGUUUUAUUGGAUUGAAAAAGGGUAGAGCCCAAGAUCUGUUUCCAUGGAAAACAAUAUCUUCACUACAGUAACAAAUCGUUUGGGAAAAGAGCCACAUUAUGUUAACAGCCAAAAGCAAUACAGACAAACAGGCUAACAAAGCCAAUAACAUGUUUUCAGUUGUAUUUAGUAUUUUGCUUUUACUAUGCCUGUACCACAUGCUUGGAUGGUCUGAGGGGUAUUGGUGAUGAUGAUGAUGAAAACUAAUUGUAGAUGUAUUUUUGAAACAGAGUGUAAAAUUCAACUCUAACAUAUUUUGGAAAUAGAGUUUUAAUGUACUGAAUGAGUUAACUGACAUUUGGACUUAUCUAUCACAUUCUGUCCCUGAGUAUUAUUUUCCAAUAAUUAAAUAAGAGUUGACAAUGUUUACAUAAAGCUACACUUUGUACACUCUCUGUGGCCUCACUGAAUGUUUUAGUGUUAAUAUUAAGAUUUUGUUAUUGUGUUGUGUAUUACUUUGUUAAAUGUCUUGGCUCCUGAUGCUAAUUCAAAAUUAAAUGUGAACCUUUCAAUUCUAAAGGUGCCUUCACAGCAACAGGCAGAAUAACACAGUAUAUAGUAUAAUGAAGAACAGAUAAUGAAAUGCAUACACCAAUCUUUUGUUUUCAUGUAAUAAUUGACAUGGUUUGAUGAUAAAUGUACAUAAAUCCUAAUAGACAAAUAUUAAUAAAAACACUUUCACAAAUGUC